CAUGACUCAUGUUAUCAAGUAUAUAAGAUACAAAUUAUGAAUUAAUAUUCAGAUCAACUGAUGAGAGAUUGUUGGAAGGGCAGCUGAGAACCAUAAUACAAUAAUCGUGAUAAUAUUAGCAAGACAUUCAGAGCUUCUGGAAAUAAUAUUAAAACCUGACGACAAAACAUUAGGGGUAAUAACUGACAGGAUGCCACCAAGGAACCCGGAUUUCGAUGUGGCUUUUGACCCCCUGGAGCUUCAGACCAAUGAUGAUCACGUCAACGCAGGGGGAAUCGCUCCAGUGGUGACAGAAGCAACACAUGAACAGAAGAGACCUCCUCGUAGGAUCGUAUGGCGCAAUGUGGUUCUGUUCACCCUGUUACAUGCUUACUCUCUCUGGGGAAUCAUCUGUAUACCAUGGGCCCAUCCCCUCACUUGGCUGUUCACCAUAUUUUUGUAUACAGCAAGUGCUAUAGGAGUUACAGCAGGGGCUCACAGACUCUGGGCACAUAGGUCAUACAAGGCAAAGCUCCCUAUGAGAAUCAUUCUUACCAUGAUGAACUCAAUGGCUCUACAGAAUGACAUUAUUGAAUGGGCAAGAGAUCACAGAGUCCACCACAAAUACUCCGAGACAGAUGCUGACCCCCAUAAUGCCAGACGUGGUUUCUUUUUCUCCCACAUUGGCUGGCUGUUGGUAAGGAAACAUCCCGAUGUAAAAGAUAAGGGCAAGAAUAUUGACCUUAGUGACCUCUAUGCUGACCCAGUGCUGCGAUUCCAAAGAAAAUACUAUGUCCCCUCUGUGUUGUUGAUGUGCUUUCUAAUACCAACUUUGGUACCUCACUUCCUGUGGGGGGAAAGUCUCUGGUACGCAUUCCUCAUCCCUGGUCUUCUGAGACUCUGCGCCACUCUCAAUGCCACCUGGAUGGUCAACAGCGUGGCACAUAUGAAAGGAGACAAACCAUACAAUAAAUUCAUCAACCCUGUUGAGAAUAUCUUCGUUAUCUUUGGCGCCGUUGGUGAAGGGUUCCAUAAUUAUCACCACACUUUCCCGCAUGAUUAUUCCACCAGUGAGUUUGGAUGGAAGUUUAACCUUACCACUUUCUUCAUUGAUUGUUUCGCGAAAAUGGGCCUCGCAACGGAUCGACGUAAGAUGCCAUAUAAUUUAGUAUUUAGAAGAGCGCUGAAAACCGGAGAUGGAAGUCAUCAUGGCGUACAGAAACAUUUACAAGAAACAGAGGCAAAUGAGGAAAAGACGUUAGAAAGUGAGAAGCCUAAAGAUGAAUGAUCUGAUAACAUUUUGUUGCAGUGCUAAACAGUUAUAUAGGCGUGUGGUCACAGAGAUAAACUUAUUCAAUCUGAAUGGGGAUUGUUGCCUGCAAUGAACUUAAAGUUGUAUUGGUAGAAAUGUGUCAUGAAGUUGUGAGAUGUAUUCACGCAGACCACCUUAAGAAGUGAAUUUAGCUUAAGACUUUAUACAAGCAAACACUUUGCCUCCAUAAGCAGGCCAGAAGGUAUUAGGUAUAAUAUAUAUAUAAUGGUACUAUAUAAAUGUAAAUAAAUGGAGGGUUGUUAUAUUAUACUUCCAUUAAUGUUGUAAAAAUGCUUUUAAAGUUAAUGUAGCCAAUACAUUGAAAUACUAAGGGCAGUGGUAAAGCUGAUGUUAUGUUUGACAUUUAAAACAUGUCUAGUUAAAAGCCCAUGGUUGUACUUCCCUACAUGUAUAAUAUUUCUCUACAAAAGAUAGCUAAAUAUUUCAAGCAGAUGUAUUUUUCUCUUUGCUUACUUAAUGCCAAAAGCAGCUGCAUUAUUUGAUACUGUAGUUUGCAUUAAUAAAAUAAUCUGUACUGUAUGCAUCGAUGUAUUAUCCACAGGGUGAUCACAAAAUAUUACAAAUGUACAAGUAUUACAUAUAGG